GACAUUAUUUCAACACGGUUCAUCGAUAAAAUGCGCUUAAAUGACAUUUUGUAUGACACGUAACUCAUCUGGCACCCCUGUGCCAGAUGAAAUUUUCGGCGUGUGUAAACGCCAGUCUGCUAUGCAAGAAAAGGGUAUCACUGUGCCAGAACAUGGCAUGCGUGUAUCAGAACUGACAGGAAAAUGUGAGAAAACAACAUCCGACGACAUCAGAGAAGCAGGGUAUUCCUAUGCAGAAACUGUAAUCAUGGAAAAAAAACUUACCUGGCCUGAACUGUUUCAGAACAUGGAACAAAUACUUUGGCAUAAUUCUAAAGGGAUCGGUUAAGGUUUUCGAUUUGACAUGCAGUGGUCGGAGCCUAUCGCAGUUGACGAUCCCCUCACAGCGAUUGCUAUUACCUUUACAAAUGCGUCACACAGACUCAUGCUGGAGUUCUAUCAGGAAGCAAUACAUGUUUUUGAGGAGAAAAUAAUAGUCGACGAACAGGAAGUACAAACGUCUACUAUGAAAACUACAUUACAUCAAAGACAAAUGUCAAUUUUCCUUCAAAGAACUGCAAUUGUAAAGUUGUCAAUUCUUACACAGAGUGAAUCUGUGAAGAUAAUGUUUGAUAACGAGGACUUCUGGACAUACGAGAUACAGACUGUCAAUAUUAGCAACAUGCAUCAGUUUUCCGUGAAACUUAAAGAGAAUUUCUUUAGCAACAAGAUACUAUUGCUUUAUGGUUACCGUUUAAGUGUUGAGUAAUACCAACAAGUACUGUAAUAUCAGGAAUUUAUGCCAGGGACGAUAUUUCACUUAAUUCGUAAAUUUAAGUUUGUUUUUAUCCAAUAUAGAUUUUGUCUAAAUAUUCAAGAAAUUUAUAAACUGAACAGGACUGAAAGAAGACAUUUCAUAUUAUGACAAUUUGUGUAAGAAUUAUCUUGGCCACAUAUAAAAUUCUGAUUUUACAUUUAAAAUAAAAGUAACUAUAAGUUAUUAUAAUGGAAUGUUGAUCGGU